AUGUUAAAGUUUUGUCUUUUUUUCUUCUUGUUUUAGGUAAUUCCGAAGCAUAAGUUUGUCCUUGUGAAGUUCGAUACACAAUAUCCCUAUGGCGAGAAACAAGAUGAGUUUAAAAAGCUGGCAGAGAGCUCAGGCUCCAGUGAGGAUCUUCUGGUGGCUGAAGUGGGAAUAUCAGAUUAUGGUGAUAAACUGAACACUGAGCUGGGAGAAAAGUACAAGCUGGAUAAGGAGAAGUUUCCUAUUUUUUACUUGUUCCAGGAUGGUGACUUUGACAAUCCCUUACCUUACAGCGGCCACAUCAAGGCCGGGGCUAUUCAGCGCUGGCUGAAGAGUAACGGCAUCUAUCUGGGGAUGCCAGGCUGCCUGAAAGAGUACGACAUGCUGGCCAGCAAGUUUGUGAGCACCCCUGAGAAAUCAGAACGCCAGUCCCUCCUGAAAAAGGGGCAAGAGAGUUUAGAAAAAACAAAGGAAACCGAGAAGAAGUCAGCUGAGCAAUACUUGAAAAUUAUGAGCAAGAUACUGGAGCAGGGAGAAGAGUUUGCUGCUAAUGAAGUUGUCCGAAUCACAAAACUGAUUGAGAAGAACAAAAUGAGUGAUGGAAAAAAGGAGGAGCUCCAGAAAAGCCUCAAUAUCCUUGCUUCUUUCCUGAAGAAGAAUAAUGACAAAGACGAGCUCUAAUACGUCGGAGAACUUUGUACAAGCUGUGAAACACUGUCAAGAGUCCUAACCAGUUCUCCUUAUGCAAGCAAACUUCCCGCUGACUUCAAGAGAGCAGCAGAUUUCCUUCUGGUAUUCUCAGUUUAGAAGAUCAAGAGGAAGAACAUUCCUUAAAAACACAAUAUUCUAAAUGUUGGGAAAAUCACCUUAAAGCAAGACGCCAGUGUUGUGUAAUACUAUUCGAUAACAGUGUUAAAGUAGAGGAAAAAAAAAAAAAAAACAAAAGCACUAGAUUGGCCUGAAGCACAUUCCUGGUGGUUUUUACACCUGUUCUCUGACAAAUAACAAAAUUCAGCCUCACAUUCCAUCUUACAUGUUGUAAAAGGUACAGAUCGGGUGCCCCUCACAUCCCCACCUUUCCCUGUUCUUAGCAUUCUUGGGUUUUAUGCUCAUUCAUCUACCCUUCCUCCUACCUUUUGUUUUCCCAGUAGGGCUCCUUCUCUGAGCCUUGGUCUCCUUACCUGUUGUUGACUAAGAGACCUGGAGUUUCCUUUUUUUUCUGCCUUCUUCAGUGGCUCCUGUCUCUGUUUGGCUUGGGUAUCGGCCAGGUGCUGGCAGGCAUAGUGAAGACAGCUCCUCAGAAUCAGAACUUGCCCCUCAUCUUCUGGCCGGAGCAGCCACCUCAGCAAACACUCUCCUGCAAUCCUUGGUGGUACCCUGACAGAGUGAGUAAUUUGAGCUCUGAGCAAGGGCAGAGUCUCCUUCAGGUGCUAUUACACUUAGUCUCACCAGUUGGUGCAAAAAACAUGGUUUUUUUCAGAGGUGAAUUGGGGUGAGUUUUCUUACGGCUGAAGAGCACACACAAUGCCUGCGUGUUUUGCCUGUCCUUCCUGUCCAAGCUUCAUUUCCCAGGUUCAAAAUAAGGGGGGUGAGACCAUUAAGGACAUCUAAAAGUCUCAAGCCAUAGUUAACGCAAACAAAGUAUUUUCUCCAGCCUCCUCUUCAGAAAUGAUUGACACU